AUGAGUUCCGGAUGGGGGCGCCGUGGGGUUAGAGAUUCUAAGGAUCAAUUUCACUACACGUGGAGUAAAAGUGAAUCUGGGAAAAGCCCUUCCACCACUUGUCACGCUAUGGGGAACCUUUGCUCUUGUGUUACUGGAAAUAACAAUAAGGUGGCCUAUCACGGCGGAGGUGGCCCACAAAUUAUCAAGGCUCCAAAGAGUAACAGUGUAAAAGGGGGAUCAUAUACCAGCAACCCGUCCGGAGACUCAUCAUUUUCUGGAUGGGAAACAGAAAGAAGUAGAUCUAAAAGUGGGAGCGGAGGUGGCCCACAAAACAGUGUAAAAGUAGAUCUAAAAGGGGGAUCAUGUACCAGCGACUCCUCCCGAGGCUCAUCAUCUAAAAGUAGGGUGGAUCACCCCAGCGGAGGUGGCCCACGACAUUCCAAGGGUUUAAAAAGUGUAAAAGAGGAAUCACGUACCAUCAACUUCUUCGGACUAAACUGCGUCUGCAUAGAUCCUUCAAUAACCACCGACGACUAA